CAAUUUGUUAUCAGAAACACCUACCAUGUUGAUGAUAUGAUGUACUUAUUCAAGAAAUGGCUUCGGCUUCGCUUUGUCUAAAUUCAUUAUUAACGCUGCCACCUUCUUCACAUAGUCGGAAACUAGCUGAAACUAGUUGUUGUUGUAGUUGUUUGAGAAAUGGUAGCUUAGCAGGUGCCUUUAAGCCUAUAGUUGUUAGUGGCAAUCCCCCCACUUUUGUAUCUGCUCCCGGUCGCCGUAUUGUUGCUGUUGGGGAUCUACAUGGAGACCUUGAUCAAACAAGAUAUGCGCUUGAGAUGGCUGGUGUCUUGAGUUCUGAUGGUCAAGAUUUGUGGACUGGUGGAGAAACGGUAUUGAUUCAGCUUGGUGAUGUACUUGAUCGAGGUGAAGAUGAAAUAGCUAUUUUAUCCUUAUUGAAGUCAUUGGAUAUACAGGCAAAAGCUGAAGGUGGAGCAGUUUUUCAGGUAAACGGGAAUCAUGAGACUAUGAAUGUUGAAAGGGAUUUUAGAUAUGUAGAUUCUGGAGGAUUUGAUGAGUGUGUUGAUUUCCUGGAAUACUUGAAAGACUAUCAUUAUGACUGGGAAGAAGCUUUUGUUGGAUGGAUUGGUGCAUCCAAAAGAUGGAAACAGGACCGGAGCAUGUCCAAAAACUAUUGGGGACCAUUGAAUUUAGUAAAGAGGCAGAAGGGGGUCAUAGCCAGAUCAGUCUUGUUUAGACCUGGUGGUCCGUUGGCACGUGAGCUGGCAAGGCAUGCUGUUGUUCUUAAGGUUAAUGAUUGGGUCUUCUGUCAUGGUGGCCUUCUUCCACACCAUGUUGCAUAUGGCAUCGAGAAGAUGAACAGGGAAGUAUCUCACUGGAUGAGAGGGCUUAUUGAGAGUGAUAGUAAUGCUUACAUACCUUUUAUAGCCACCCGGGGCUAUGAUAGUGUUGUUUGGAACCGCUUAUACUCCAGAGAUUAUUCUGAUUUGGAGGACUAUGAGAUUAACCAGAUAAAUACUAUUCUUCAAGAGACACUGGAAGCUAUAGGUGCAAAGGCAAUGGUGGUGGGGCAUACUCCUCAAACUGCAGGAGUAAAUUGUAAAUACAAUUGUAGUAUAUGGCGAAUUGACGUUGGAAUGUCCAGUGGAGUUCUUCAUUCAAGACCAGAGGUCCUUGAAAUAAUAGACAAUAAAGCAAGAGCAAUAAGAAGCAAAAGGGGCACAGUAAAUGAGCUUCACGUUGUUGAUUAUAUAUAGAAACAAGCAGAUGAAUCAUUUUGGUAUGGAUAUACUGGUAGCACUUUCAACUUUAACACAAUUCAUUUCAUCUUGAAUACUUAUCAUGCUUUGCAUGAGAAGCAUAUAUGUUUAAGGCUCUACAAAGGAAGGCUGUGUAAGUUUUGACAAUCAGAUACCACCAGGAAAGAGGCAAAAGUGACCUUUGUAUGAUACCCAGAACUGGAGUUGAUU